CAAAUUUCCAAAGCCGGAUGUGUUGCCAAAGAGAGCCCAGCAUGGCGCAAUGGCAGCUGCAGGAUGGGCGCCCCACGUCGUCGUCCGGCACGGCCCAGAGCGCGGUGUCUGUGCCCCGCGUGGUGUCCACUGCAGUGAUGCCGUCCUGGUGCAGAACAUCGCAGGUCGCAGCAAAGCUCCUGCGGUGCUGGCGUUUCUUUUCUUCAGUCCCCGCCGAAAACUGGCACGACGAGGCCACGAGGUUCCUAUCGAACAGCAUUCUUACAUCCCGGUGCCACCAGAGGUGUUGCGACAAAAACUGGGACAGCGCCUCGAAGCUGAGGCUCAGAAGGAGUGGCAAGCAACAUGUUCAGCUCUCCAGGACUUGGUCCAUGAGGAGCUACAAGAGCUGCGCUGCAGUCUUUGUGAUUCCUAUCAGCCCUUUGACCCUGCCCGAAGACGUUGGGUGGGGUCCUGGCCUUUGCCGGACAAGGAGGAACGUUUCGCACGGCAGUUCCUCCGCGCUGCCUCCUUGGCGGGUUUCACACCGCUCUCCCGCUUCGACCUGGAGAAGACGAGAGAGUUGAAAGCAGAUCUCUUGUCAUUGCCAGUGACCAUCAACUGGGACCGGCUGGAUAGUCGGUGGAUUGAAACAUUGCUGAAGGGAGCUGGCGAAGAGGGAGCAGAAGCAGUACCUGAGGCCCUGAGCGACUUUGGCGGCUACGUCUUGGCACUGAAGCGGGGCUUAGCAGUAGAGCGCCACAGCGGCCGGCUCUUGAUGCAGAAACUGGAGUGCCUCCAGUCCCAAUGGCUGUUGAGAGUCGGCAGUCUGCUGCAGUCGUUGCUGCGUGGAGUGUCGCGCCUUUCUGUUAAGGCUUGGAGAACAGUGCUUCCAGCAGCUAGGGGCUGGGCCGAGUCGCGACACGGGGAAGCCUUGCGCCGGAAGUUGAGGAGAGUAAAAGCUGCCGGUGCACGGGGUGUAAGCUUUGCAAAGCUCCUGCGAGAAACCUGGCGCGGUGUGCGGAUGCGUAUCUCUGGGAUGCAAGUCUUGCGCCGCCUUCAGCCAAGUUCUUAUCGCUACGCGCAGUGGCUCUUCGGCGACGUCUUGAACGAGCGCUGGUCCACCGAGCGGGCCGCACUCAUCAAGCGCUUGGCCAAUGCCUGGGAGCAAGAGGUCGCUCUACGUGGGCAGCUCCAAAGUCACCUACCGGUCAGUGCAGAAGUGCGGAAGGCUGCCAAGGAGCAAGGCAACUUUCUCGAGCGGGUGGCCAUCGAACAUCUCUCCUUCAACUGGGCCACUUUGCUGCAGCAUGCAGAGUUGCAAGAGCCACAGUUCCAGGACCGACAGCCACAGAGUGAAGCAGAGGUGCCUCAGGAAUGGCUAGAUGCUGAUGCUGCCAAAGAAGCAGACGAAAGGGCGGUGGAGCUUGUGGCCAAAGAAGCCCAGCGAAGCCACCGAAGCUUUGAGGCCGAUGAUCCGUAUGCCUCUUUGCCACGUGAUCCCUACCGUGGUGGUACACUAUUCAAGGAGCGGCGGGUGCAUGGAUGGUGCUAUGGGAGUGACACAGUGAAGGACGAGGCUGGUCACACCUUGGCCGUCGGCUGGCCACCGGCUGGAGCCAGCGACAAGUGGGGAGGAGUGCUUUCUUCUUCUCCUCCAACCUAA